GCCAGCUAUAGCUGUAUAUUCUCCUUAGUCAAGGGCUAGGGUUUUUGAAUUCCUAAUUCUUGAAAAUAUUAUUGCUUAUGCUUAUCUGAUAUUAUUCCAAAAGAAUAUUAACCCCAUUUUCUCUAGUCUGAUGUAAGAAAUUAAGAUGAAACUGAAACAUCAAAAGUCAUUUUAUAAGACACCUAGACGACACUAAAAUUCCCAACUACUGUUUCUUGAUCAUUCACAUAGAAUUGAUAAGGGAAGACAGCUAGCUAAGCUAAGCUAAGAAAGAUGGAGGGAAGUGAUAGUUUUGGAGGCUCCAAGUCAAGCUAUUCUAACAAGGAAGUCGAACAAGACAAGGGUGAUGAGGAGGAGGUGGAUAAAAUUAGUUUCAAAUCCAGAAAUGAAGGGGUGAGCACAAGCAACAGCUCAGUUGAAGAAAAUGAAAUGAAGGCAGCCAGUACCGGAUCUGUACGGCAAUAUAUUCGUUCUAAGAUGCCAAGGCUCCGGUGGACGCCGGAUCUUCAUCUUUGCUUUGUUCAUGCAGUUGAAAGACUAGGAGGACAAGACAGAGCAACCCCAAAGCUUGUUCUUCAGAUGAUGAACAUCAAAGGCCUUAGCAUUGCUCAUGUCAAAAGCCAUCUUCAAAUGUACAGAAGCAAGAGGAGUGAUGAACCCAAUCAAGGCCAAGGGCUUUUUUUUGAAGGCGGGGAUCACCAAAUCUACAACCUUAGCCAGCUUCCCGUGCUACAAAAUUUCAAUCAAAGAUCUUCUUGCAAUUUAAGAUAUGGAGAUGCUUCUUGGAGAGGUCACGACCACCAGAUGUACAGCCCUUAUAAGGGAGGAACUGCUCUCAACAGAUUCAAACAUGGACUUUAUGGCUCGGUAUCUGAAAGACUAGUAAUUGGACGCAACAAUCACAAUUCACUUAAUUAUGAUUCGAGUAUCAACAUUCCUUCUUUGAAUGUACAAGCUGCAAGUAGAACUCAUCAAUUUCUUGAAGGGGUCGAGUUGUUUCAAGUAUCCCGACAGGAAGAAAGUAGACCUAGCUCAAUGGAAUCACACUUCAUAGCCAAGUUGCAAGAGAGAUCAGGAAUAGAUCAGGAAUGUUUGAACACCACUAGUUCCGCUGACAAAAAUUGGAGAACAAUUCAAGAAAUGCAAAAAGGUUCAAAGAGAAAGACUUUGGAUUCAGAUUGCAACUUGGAUUUGAAUUUGGCGCUGAAACUAUCAACUAAAGAUGACGAUGGACUUCAAAAAUGUGUAGCUGAUGGUAGUUUGUCUGUUUCGUUGUCUUCAUCUUCAUCAUCAAAGCUUGGCAGAUCGAUGGAAGGAGAUGGAAGGAGGAAGCAUGCAAGGAUGGCAAGUACUCUAGAUCUGACUUUAUGAAUGGGACAAUUUUGAGUGAGAUCUUGAAGUACUUACUUUUCCUGGACCAAUAUGCUUAAUGAUAAUAUCAUGUACCUGCAUACAAGGUAAUUUUAGUCAUUAUUUGAUCUUCUUUUGUUGGUUAUGUUGUUUUGUAUGCAGAAUCUCAAGUAGCUGUAGCCUGUAGGCUUCAGUUUGGUGUUCCCGAUGAAUAGAUGAAUAUUUUUAGCAUUACAAAA